CCCUCAGACGCUUCUGUCAGCACUCUAGUUUUUACAGCCCUAGUUAUGGCUCGUACCAAGCAGACAGCCCGCAAGUCCACCGGCGGCAAGGCGCCCCGCAAGCAGCUGGCCACCAAAGCUGCCCGCAAGAGCGCCCCGGCCACCGGCGGCGUGAAGAAGCCCCACCGCUACCGGCCCGGCACCGUGGCGCUGCGCGAGAUCAGGCGCUACCAGAAGUCCACCGAGCUGCUGAUCCGCAAGCUGCCUUUCCAGCGGCUGGUGCGCGAGAUCGCGCAGGACUUCAAGACCGACCUGCGCUUCCAGAGCUCGGCGGUCAUGGCGCUGCAGGAGGCGUGCGAGGCCUACCUGGUGGGGCUGUUUGAGGACACCAAUCUGUGCGCCAUCCAUGCCAAGCGCGUCACCAUCAUGCCCAAAGACAUCCAACUCGCUCGCCGCAUUCGCGGGGAGAGGGCGUAAACUUGGACUUUGGACUUUUUUUUUUCCCAGUAACCCAAAGGCUCUUUUCAGAGCCACUCAACUUUUCUAAACAGAAGCGGCUGUAGCAGAUUAUGCACAUGUGAUAUGGUGAUAGGAUUAUGUAAAAGCUACUAAAUUGUUUCAGUAGCCACAUUGUCAGUAAGUGGUGCGUGCCCUUUAUCGUAUGAGGAGAGAAAACGAACAAUGGGAUGGUUUCUCCUAGAAGGCAGGAGGUUUCCACGUUCCCAAAAGCUAUAUGGAAAGUGCAUCAAGUUGGGCUAGUCUUGUUAAAAUACCUAGUUAGUAUCAAAUUUAAAUAUGAGAAGAAGAGUAUUCAGUCCUGUAAUUCCAUGUCUUAAAAUAUAAGGAAUAACCUGUGAAGUCCUCCCUGAUGCCUACUGUUUUUCUUUGUAAAGGAUUUAAGGUAACUUUUAAAGUUGAAGUGUAAGACUUUUCAAUAUUAAAAAGCCUUCGCCCUGAUACUUUACCUAGGUAUGUAUAUAUAUACAUAUAUGUAUAUACAUAUAUAUAUACAAAUUCCUUUUACUUUAGACUACCCAUGGGAGGGGUCUGAGAGGCACCAGUGUCCUUGUCCUAAAAUAAGGUUACUUUCUCCCCGACUCAGCCCUGGGAGGGGAAAGGCCAAGUUUUUUUUUUUUUCAUAGAUGCCCUUGUUCUCACAUACACUACUUGACUUUUUUCCUCAAUAUUUUUUGCGUCUGUAGGAGAAAAGGGAGUCCUGGUGAUGUGGUGGUCAAGAGCUCAGCUACUAACGAAAAGGUCGGCAGUUCGAUUCCACCAGGCGCUCUUCGAAAUCUUGUGGGCCAAUUCUACUCUGUCUUAUAGGUCUCUAUGAAUCAGAAUCGACUCAACGGCGAUAGGUUUGGUUUUGCUUUUGGGUAGGAAAAAAGGUGAGUUAAAUAGUAGGACUGAUAGGAUAGCAUUAAGCUGCUGGUAAAAAUGCCCAUUACUACCAGAAGGCAGUGGCUUAGGUCGGCAAUUCCAGGAGCUGCAGAACAUGAAUUCUGGCUUCAGUCUUCACUCCCUUGCACCCCUCAACACAGCAGCCGCCACGUGUCAAAGAGAAAAAGGUAAGCACUCUUUUAGAAUGCAUCAUCCUUUUGGAAAACGUGGUGGUGUUAAGCAUUCAGCUGCUAACCAAAAGGUCAGCAGUUCAAAUCUACCAGGCGCUCCUUGGAAACUAUGGGGCAGUUCUACUCUGUCCUGUACGGUCGCUGUGAGUCGGAAGCGACUGAGGGCAAUAGAUUUGGUUGGGCUUUUUUUUAGCCUUUCUGGGGAAGGAUUCCAGAGAACCCUGGUGGUGCAGUGGUUUAACGCUUGGCUGCUAACCUAAAGGUCGGCAUUUUGAACCCACCAGCCUUUCCCUGGAGGAAAAAUGUGGCAGUUUGUUUCCCUAAUGAUUUAUAGCCUGGGAAACCCUAUGGGGCAUUUCCAUCUGUCCUACAGGGUCCCUAUGAGUCGGAAUCGACUCAAUGGCAAUGUGUUUUGUUGUUUGUUUAGGAAAGACUCUGGAAGCUGGCAGAAUAGAGCAGCAUUUGAAUGCUAGGUUCCCCGUGUUCAACCCCAGCUUUACUAUUUACCUACUCUCUUACUUUUUGCCUUGGUUACACAGUGGUUAAGGGCUCAGCUGCUAACCAAAAGGUUGGGAGUUGGAAUCUACCAGCUGCUCCUUGGAAACCCUAUGGAUCAGUUCUACCCUGUCUAUAGGGUCACAUCUACAGGGAUGUAUUUACUUAUUUUGGUGUGAUCUUAGACAAGUCAGCCUCUCCAUCGUUGGAAAAAUGGGGUAACACUACUUACCUUAUAGGGUUGUUGUUGGCAUGAUAUGAAUAGAUUUUGGGGCACAUAGCAUUGUAUAGUUACUAUUAAUUUUCCCAGGGGCUGUGUAUAAUUUUACCUUACGCUUUAGGAUUUUUUUAAAAAUUUGAAAAGAAAAUUCAAACUAGCCUCUGAAUUUUCUUCUCAGGUGGAAUUAGGUAGGUGCAUAGAUUCCGCACAGUUUAGAAACGAACUUCAGUAGAUAUUUAAAAAUCAAAGAACAGAAGAAAUUGACAGCUGUGAAAGAAAAUGUAGUGAGCAUUUUGGAGAGCAGUGCCAGCAUUUUAAUAUAAUUGCACGAAACAUCUAUUUGUAUUCGAGGUGUGACUAAAUGGGCUCUUGACAAAAAAAUCUUGUUUAAUGUACAGAUAGGUCCCUGGUUUCUAAAAUGGUUUGCACUCAGUUAACCCAGGGGUUGUUGGUUUGAACCCACCAAGAGGUAUUUCAGAAGAAAAGCUGUCGAUUAGAUUCCUUAAUAAAGUUUAUAGCCAAGAAAACCCUAUGGAGCUCAGUUCCACUCUGUACAACAUGGGGUCACCAUGACUCAGAGUCGACUGGAUGCUGAGAGGUUCGGUUUGGUUAAUGUACAGAUCAUAAUGUAUAUACAUCUAUUAAGAGUUAGUUGUUGCAAGACAUAGGAAGGACUUUUCUUGCCCAGGAGUCUAUAUGGUGAUUUGUGAAAAAAAGAUGACUUGCAGAGGAGAGGAGAAGGUAUAGUUUGGGGUAUAUUUUUCUGAUGAUCUUUAGUAGUAGCCUUUCCAGUUUUUCAGGUAUUAGGGAGAUUAACACAACAGUGAGAAAUUAGUGUAGAAGUUUGAACUGUACUGUAGGCCAGACUGCAGGAAAGGCCUAUGGUCUUGAUUUCCAAGGCACUUUGGGGAGAAGUGCAAAGCAAAAUUUUUGGACAGUCAUUUUUAAUAUGUCAUGUAUGAAAAACAAAACACUGAGUCCAUCAGUAUCUUGUAAUCUUUGAAAUGCUGUGAUAAAAAAUACAGUUCUCACUAAUGUGUGCAUAUUUGCUGUUGGUAACGUUGUCGUUGUUAGGUGACAUUGUGCUGGGAGUAAAAGCUUGAAAAUGAGAUCCCAAGGCAAUAUCCCUUCAAACCCAAGCAUGCUUUAAGUAAUAAUAAGUUCAAAGAAAAGUACAUUUAUGUAGGCAUUGUUUGCACCAAUCUGUCCUAACGCUUUGCUUGCGUUAACUAAUUAAAAUCUUUACAAAACUUUCCUAAGUACUAUCAUUAUCCCAGCUUUAUAGGUGAAGAAAAUGAAGGCAGCAUUGUAAGGACCUAUCCAAGGUCACACAGCUAGUGCGCUCAUACACCUCUGAAUGAAAAGAGAUAGUGCUUUGUCAAUAAAAAGAACCAUUGCUAUCGAGUUGAUUCCAACUCAUCGCGGCCUUAUAGUACAAAGAACUGUCCCAUAGGGCUUCCAAAGAGCGGCUGGUGGAUUCGGACUGCCAGCCUUUUGGUUAGCAGCCGAGCUCUUAACCACUGCGCCACCAGGGGUCCAUUUUUAUUAAAGUAAAAGCACGUAUUAAAAUCCUCAGCCUAAAACACAGCUCAGAUUCAAAUAGCAGUGCAGUGAACAGGAGCAAGAAAUCGAGGGAUUAAAAUUAUGUCCCCUCCCUCAUAGCCUGUGAGUCACUCACUGCCUGGGAGGCGGAAGCGCUG